AGCUGUGUUGUCGUGUGACUCGUUUCUCACAGAGGAAAUAUUUCACCUCGUGCAGCAACAAUGAGUUCAGUUCAGGCUUUGAGAGAGUUUAUCAAGCAACGACUAACUGCUGCUGCUGGAGAAAUGUGAACAAACUGUGGUUCAGUAAGAAGUGGAAACCUCCAAUCAAGUCUCACAGAGCAGAGAAUCCACAGCAACACAUUGGUCAGCAGAAGAUGAGCUCCAGUGUGGAGCAGGAGGAACAUGAAGCUCCACACAUGAAAGAGGAGGAAGAGCUUGUUGAGGUGACUGUUCCUGAUGGUGAAAGUGACAAUUCCCACCACUGUUUGAAAGACUUCAGCAGCCAGAGACGAACUGCUGCUGCUGUGGAAAUAUCCAGCGUGUUUGAAGAAACUGUGGUCGAGCACGAGAUGGAGACUGAUGGUCAGCACAGACACAGAACAGAGCUCCCACAACACCAUGACUGCAGAGAGGAGCAGCUCUUUAAACAGGAACCAAACUGCUGUCGAGAUCAGGGAGAACUAGAACCUCCACAGAUCAAAGAGGAACCAGAAGAACCAGAACCUCCACAGAUCAAAGAGGAACCAGAAGAACCAGAACCUCCACAGAUCAAAGAGGAACCAGAAGAACCAGAACCUCCACAGACUGAUGAACUGGGUAUCAGCCAGGAGGCAGAGCAGCUUCCACUGAAGUUUGAAAGUAUUGAGGAGCAAAGUUACCUGAGUGAACCAGAAGAAGUACCGGACAUUAAUCAGUUCCUCUUUCAUGAAUCUGAAGUCCACGAUGUGAAGAAACAUACUGACUUACAAUCAACAAUGAAUACAAAGCUCAAAAACAUCAGCAUAUUUCAUAGUGAGCGUGUGGAAAACUGUCCUGUGUCAGAGAAGCAGGCUGAAUGUGAAAAGCUUCUUUGUGAGGAAACAUCUUCUGAAAUUGUCUGUAAAAAACAUAAAAUAUGUCAGAACUUAGAAACUGUCACUGAUAAAAAGAAACUUUGUGAGAUCUGUGGUAAAAGCUACAACCGAAAGAAUGAUUUGUUGGUCCACAUGAGAACUCACACGGGUGAGAAGCCGUACUCUUGUGAAACUUGUAGAAAAUGUUUCAGUCGUCGAAGUCAUUUGUUGGUCCACAUGAGAACUCACACAGAUGAGAAGCCGUAUUCUUGUGAGACAUGUGGGAAAUGUUUCAGCAGACAGAGUGAUAAGUUGCUCCACAUGAGAACUCAUACAGGUGAGAAGCCGUAUUCUUGUGAAACGUGUGGAAAAUGUUUCAGUCAUCCGAGUGUUAUGUGGGUCCACGUGAGAACUCACACAGGUGAGAAGCCAUAUUCUUGUGAAACAUGUGGAAAAAGUUUCAGUGUCCAGUCUUCUUUCAGAGUACACAUGAGAACUCACACAGGUGAGAAGCCGUAUUCUUGUGAAACAUGUGGAAAAUGUUUUCGUCAGCAGUGUCAUAAGUGGGACCAUAUGAGAAUUCACACUGGUGAGAAGCCUCUUUCUUGUGAAACAUGUGGAAAAAGUUUCAGUCAUCCCUUUGGUUUAAGAGUACACAUGAGAAGUCACACAGGUGAAAAGCCCUAUUCUUGUGAAAUAUGUGGGAAAUGUUUCAGUCGUCGGUGUGAUUUGUUACGCCAUGUGAGAAGUCACACAGGUGAGAAGCCAUAGCCUUGUGAAACGUACAAAAUCUUUCUGUCAUCACAUUUAUACACUGGUCCACAUGAGAACUCGCAUAACGGCCUAGCCAUACUCCACAAGAAGGCAAACUUUGUUCGGCAGCUCAGGAGGCGCAAGAAAAAAAAUGAUAGUUUAUUUCAGGCAAUGGUGUACAAACAUGAUUUCAAUGCAUUUAUCAUUUAUACAACCAUAACUGGACAAGUAAUACAUGUGCUUACAUAGCUCAUAUAAAGUGCCUGAAAGGGAGUGGGAAGAAGCGAACUUAUUUAAUCCCACCCCCAUUACAUAAAGUAUGCACAUAAUUUCAAAGUCACUUCCUGUUCAUUUCUGUAAUAUAACAAACCCAAAACAACAAAGUACAAAUACAGAUAAAUAUUAGGCAAGUGUGUGACAAACUAUUAGAAUAUUUUUUUGUUACCAUAGGCAACAAAUACCAUUGUUGGUAUGUAACUGUUGUUGCAAUGUAAGGAUUUUAAUACCAACAAUGUUAAUUCAUUUUGACAUACUUACUUUCAGCUUGAUGAAAGACACUCUUGCAAUGCUAUGAUUUUUCUGUUGCUAAGGUGGUUACUAUGGACACCUUUGAAACCAGAAAUAAGUUGAUUUUGCGUCACGGGCUGAAACCCAUUUUACAGUUGAUACAGAGCAGAUCUGGAGCUCCACAAGUUUGCAUUUCCCACCAGAUGCCAAUGCAUUGCAGAGUGCAAGCGGGGAUUGGGGACUGUCAUCUGGUCGUCUGUGACAUGACGAAUCCGUCACCUUCCGCUCAAUCCCUUGCUUGCUGGCUGCAGUAUGCUACAAAAGAGACUUGCUGUCAGAUCACUUGUCACUAUGAUUUGUUGUAUGUUCAGUGUAUUUUUGUGUCUGCUGUUCAGUUUUAAUGUACGACCAACUGAAGAUAGUCAAGUUAGUCUUUUACAUGGAGUUGCAUUUAUCUAGUCUGGGUUAAAUGAGGAAGUUAAGUGUGGAGACAAUGAAUAAAAUCAGC